AUGCCACGUGCGAAGACCAGAAAAUCAAGUCCACAGCGGCUACGAUCUCCAUCGCCUGGAUUGCGUCUUGUUUCGCAAGUUUAUCAUCGUGACAUUCUUUGGAAACGAGGCGAUUUAGUGAUGGUGGUUGAAGACAAUGAGGAAUACGUCGCGCAGAUUAGAGCCGUUGUUCUCAGUCGACUUUCAAUGCCUGGAGUGAUCAUUAGAUGGCUUUUACCGGGCCCAAAGAAGACAUGGGAGAUCGGCCCUGACCACGAUUUACCGAUCGAACUCUCUUGCUUGACAGCUUUAGGGCCACCUCCAAAGUACCUCAAACAACUUGAAGUCCUCGAUCUUGACGAACCGCAGUGGCACCAGGUUCGACUUGACACUCCACGCUGA